UUGGGAAUCCCCGCGGCGCCAUCCGUACGUUUGUCUGCUAAAAGUCUAUAAAGCGAACCGCUAAAUGGCCGCAGCUCAGUAGUAUCGAGCGUAUAUUGUUCAAAGUAAGACGAGACUCCGUUCCAUGUGCUAAAGAAUGAGCCAUCCGUCGGAACUGAUUGGAUCGAUUGGGGAAUUUGAUAGUUCGCGUGAUGAUUGGAAUGUGUACUACGAGCGGCUGGAACAGUUCUACGAGGUUAACGAAGUUCCCGAGGUGAAACGAAGUGCAUUCCUGAUCAGCGUUGUCGGUACGGAUGCGUACAAAAGCUUGCGAGAUCUCUGUCAUCCAACGCUUCCGAAGGAUAAACCAUUCGAGGCGCUUUGUGAGCUGCUGAGGAAGCAGUUUAGCCCGCAGAUUUCGAUUUUCCGAGAGAGGACAAAGUUUUACAACGCCCGCCAGGAGAGCCACGAGAAUGUGACUCAAUGGUAUGGAAAGUUAAAACGACUAUCUGUCGACUGCAAGUUCGGAUCGAACUUGGAAGCUGUUUUGUUGGAUAAAUUCAUAACUGGAAUGAGACCUGGCCAAGUGUUGGAUCGAUUGUGUGAAGAGAAUGAGACUUUAAAGCUGGACCAAGCAUUGGAUUAUGCCGUGAAUAAAGAGUGUGCUGCCAAGGAAAACGCAUACGCUCCCAACUUUCAGCCUUUCCGAGGCGGCUGCAUUCCACCUCCCGUGAAACAAACGUGUUUCUUUGGCGGACAGCCUGCGGGACCACUGUUCGGAAGCACCGGAUUUGGUCAACCAUCUUUGGCGGCCGCCGGACGAUUGCCGAAAGCGGGAGGUCUGGGAGGAACGUUGUUCGGCAGUUCUCCACAAGCAUCAGCACCAGCGGCCGGAUUUGCAGCGGCUUUUGGCCAAUCCGCAGCCCCGCAGAGUAGCAGUAUCCAACCCCAAACGUUGAUGGCCGCUGAUCCGGCCCCAGCUCUGGAUUGCACAUUGGAAGCAGAGACAGAAGGCCUGGAAGCCGAUGGCACUACGGAAGGAGUUGAUCUUGCUCUUGGGGCAGGGGCAGUCAAAAAACGCAGCGGUCACCGCACUCGCCGCCGUCGUCGCAACGCUGCUGGCGGCGCUGCUGAUGGAAAUUCAGUCGAUGGCGAACAGUGGAAAAUUAGAUAGAUGUAAAUUAUACAAAAAAUAAUAGUAAAUGAGAUAAAAUAUAAUUAUUAAAUUGACACUACAAAUUAGAUUCCUCUCUGUAUUAGAGAAGAUAACUUUUGUUAUUGAUUAGUUUGUUAGUUAUCAAGCUACCACGAUCCAAAUGUGGAUUAUUUAUUAAACUGGAAAUUCUGUAUA